GCAGUUUGAACUUCAUUGUCUCAACAUAAAUUUAUUAGUCAAAGGUCAGUAUAUUUCUGGUUUUAAAAACAGCAUUGCAGAUUCCUUAUCUCGUUUUGAUCUUCAGAAGUUUCGUCAGCUGAAACCAGAAGCCAGAACCAAACCGACACCAGUACCCAAGAAUAUGUGGCUUAUCUAAAAUCCGAGGCUUUUGCCUUAAUUAAAGCAUCAGUGUCGAGCAAUACUCAACACACCUAUGCAGCUGCAUUAAGGUCAUUUGACAAAUUUUGUCACAAUCAUAAAAUACCUAUGAUUUGGCCUGUGCCGGUAGAUGAUAUUUUAUGUUACAUAGCCAGUAUGUCUAGGAAGGCCUUGGCAAGCUCAACUAUAGCUAAUCAUCUCUCAGCUCUUGGCAGACAUCACAAAAUUAAUAGCUGGUCUGACCCUACUGAAAACUUUUUAGUUCGCAAAUGCAUGCAGGGAUACAGAAAUACAGCAGCUCUGGUGUCGACACCUGAUGCAAGACACCCAAUCACAAUUGACAUGUUGAAGAGGCUGCCUAGUGCCCUCCAGGCUAUUUGUAUGUCAGGUUAUGAAGCUUGUUUAUUUGCUGCCAUGUUUAACUUGGCAUUUUUUGCAUUCCUACGGAUUGGUGAGAUAGCGUUUGUGACCAAGAUAAAUCAGGACAGAACACUUAAAUUGGCAGAUGUCGGUAUCAUUGCACAGGCAGUGCACGUUAAGAUUUGCUUUUCAAAGAAUGAUCAACAUGGCAAACGCACAACUCUGAUAAUCCCACCUAAGUCUGAUGCUACAAUUUGCCCAGUCAGGUCAUUAAGUGCAUAUCUGUCUUUACGCUCAACCCAACCAGGCCAGUUCUUCAUCCAUUUGAAUGGUAAAGCCGUCACCAGAUAUCAGUUCUCUGCAGUACUCCGGAAAGCCUUACAGUUCCUCAACUUUCACACACAAAACUACAACACACACUCAUUCAGGAUUGGAGCUGCUACAUAUGCAGCAACACAGGGGAUACAACAUGAGCUACUUUGCACAUGGGGUAGGUGGAAAUCUGCUGCAUAUGUAAGUACAUUCGCAUCAAUAUGUUGUAACAACUCAUUUUUGACAGAAAUAUGGCUUGUCGGCUCCAGCCUUAUCUACUGGGCUCACCGGAGAGCAGUUGCAAGGCCAGUGGGAUUGGACCUGGGUUUGCAGAAGUAUGGACUCAGCUUAACAUGGUAUGGGAGUAGGGGAAUGAAGUGGAAAUCAUUGUUGCCAUUUCUUCAGCAAAAAUUAAGGCGCAGUCCUCCACCAGCAUGGCUUCUCCUUCAUUUUGGCGGUAACGACCUUGGGGACGUGCCAACAACAGUACUGUUACAAAUGGUGAGUCGGGAUCUUACAAAAAUUCAUCACAUGAUGCCCUUCACACAAGUCAUAUGGUCAGAUGUUCUGCAGAGGGUCACAUGGCGGGGUAUACCAGACGGCAGAGUAAUGGAGCGCAAGAGGAAGAGGUUUAAUAGAUUUGGUAGGAAAGGUGUACUAGACCUUGGAGGUCGCGUUCUCGAGCACAAUGAAAUUAACAUAGCAGACAGGGGUUUGUUCAGACAGGAUGGUGUCCACCUGUCGGACAUUGGCAAUGACAUUUUCGUGGACUCAUUGCAGGAGGGUCUUGAGUUAUUUGCUGGUUUGUCCUCGUCCAGGCAUUCAUUUCAAAACUAGUGUCGCGCGUAUUCAGUUCUUAUGCUUAAUCCUCAGGGGAAUGAGCUUGCUAUAAACCAAGCUCAGUGGCGGAGGUCGUGGCAGGCAACUCAAUUUUCUCAUUAACUGUAAGUAAGUUCAGCCUCAACAUGCUAACUGCACCUCAUGUAGUGUACCCAAACCACAGAGGAUGACAGUGUAUGUAAUGACACAGGAUGGACUGCAGCUCAUGCCUCACGUUGUGUUUAGGCACGGAGGAUGAACUGAACUGUAAUCUCUAUUCCGGCCCAUUUGGUCAUGUGUAUUCCGGCCCAUUUGGUCAUGAUGUGUAUAUUCCGGCCCAUUUGGUCAUGAUGUGUACAUUCCGGCCCAUUUGGUCAUGAUGUGUAUGUUCCGGCCCAUUUGGUCAUGAUUUGGUAGUUACUCCAUUGCGUCACGAUGUGUACCCAUCUAAACCUCGGAC